UAAAUAUUCUCUUUCUCCGACAUGAUGCUAUUUCUAAAAUUAUUAUUAAGUAGUGGAUUAAUUUUUAUCGCUGCGACAGCUUCCACUCGUAAUGAAUCUUUAUGCUAUGAACCAUCAGAAUAUAUAAAACCAAUAUAUUACGAUAUGAAGUACCAGUACCUUACAUCACGUAUUGGAGAAAUUUUUUUCUUUGGAGAAUGCAAUAUCAGCAUAAGUAUUCUUAACAAAACGCAAAGCAUAUAUUUAUAUUCAAAAAGAUUAAGUAUUAACGAUAUAAUGAUAUUUACAAAUUUUGAAAGAUAUCAUGAGAAUGAUAAAGAUACAGUUUAUAAACCGAUACAUAGUAGUUACAUGGUAACUUAUGGACAAGACACAUUGAAAUAUUCAAUUGAAAUAUUCGUUAGGGAUGAAUUAUCACCAGGAAAAUACAUCUUAAAUAUAAAAUUUGAUGAAAUUGUUGGUGAAACCUUUAGAAUUUUCAACUUGAAAGAAAAAACUACUUGGAUAGAUGUUCCGCAUAUCCAGAUAAUGAGCGCCCGACGAAUGUUUCCAUGUCGGGAUCAACAGGAUUUAUCGUUAGAAACAACCUUUAACAUUACUGUAGAAUGUAAUCAAUUCACGAAUUUGUCAAAUGUGCUGUCGCAAAAUACGAAAAAAGUGAGGACAAUUUGUUAUGGACACGAUUCAGUAACACACCUGUAAUGUGGACUAAUCACGCAACAGUGAUUGUGUCUAAUUACCUAUUCAUUUUUAAUAAUAAAAAUCGAAUCAUUAAAAUGCGGUACAGACAUGAUACUGGAUUUGACACAGAAUUUGCAAGAAAUGUAGCUGAAAAUAUCACGAUGUAUUUUAAAAAUAAAUGGAAAGAUUUGAACUAUAUUUCGAUGAUGGGUCACGUUGCAAUUCCAAAUUUCCAUGACAAAGUUUUCCGAUUUGUUUUUUCUAGGGAAACAGAUAUCGUCUACGAUAAAAAUUUAUACCCUGUUGCUCACAAAAUCCAAGUAACUCAAUUAGUAGGACAUGCAGUGGCACAGCAAUGGUUUUAUAAUCUGAACCAACAGUUUCCGUCGUUUUGGUUCAAUAAAGGUCUUACUACAUUGCUUGCAACGUAUGCUGUCAAUGAGAUUUAUCCAGAUUAUCGAAUAAUAAAUUUAUUUGUUGUUCAAAAUCUACAUUACUCUUUUCAUUUGGAUAGUAUGUGCAAUUCUACUUCAGAAGAUAUGAGUUUAUUCAAAAUUCGCCAAUUUAUCAAGGCACCCUUUAUACUGCGCAUGAUGCAACACGCUUUCACUGAAGAAAUAUUUUGGACACUCAUUCGCUCAUAUAUAAAUAAAACAACUAUUCUGAAUUUUUGGAAAGUAAUUGUUACUACUGCAAUGAAACUAAAUAUUGCUCUAGACAUAAUGAGAUAUAGGGAUUGUCCUACCAUAAAAAUAAUACGAAAUUAUAAGGAUGCUAUGAGCCAAGCAAAUGUAUCGAUACAAAAUAUCGACACAUUAUUUAUUAACUGUCUUCUUCUAACUUUUACUACACAAACGUCUCCCGAUUUUAAUCAUUUUACUUAUCAUGAAGUAUGCAGGUCAAGGGAUUUAAAACUAUCAGCAUCUAAAGAGAAUGGUUGGAUUAUAUUCAAUAUACAACAAAUUGGAUAUUAUCGCGUGAACUAUGAUGAUGAGAAUUGGCGAAGAAUUUCACAUUAUUUAAACCAUGAUGAUUACACGAAAAUUCAUGUUCUUAAUCGUGCCCAAAUUAUCGAUGAUGCAUUUCAUUUAAUGAUAGCAGGCCAACUCAAUUCAUCUAUAUUCUGGGAUAUCAUAUUGUAUCUAAAUCGAGAAGAAGAUUAUAUAGCAUGGUAUCCUAUGUUUAAAGCUCUGGAAUACAUGUUCGGUACUUCUUUUUUAGUGUUGAAAGAAAAACAUGGAAAUCUCAAGAAUUACAUAAAUGAUAAAUUGAACGGGGUAUUUAAAAGAAUUAAAUAUGAAGAAAUUGAUGAUAGUGACGAUUUUAGAAAAUGUUUACGACAAGAAGCAGCAAGAUGGGCGUGUUUUUUCGGUGACAUUACUUGUAAGGAAAAAGCCAACAAUAAAUUAAAACAACAUAUCGAAGAUCCUAAAACACACAGACUUUUGCCAUGGUGGAAGGAAUGGACAUAUUGUAAUGGUUUGAUGAUGACCAAAGAAGAGACCACUUGGCAAUCAGUGUAUGAUAUAGGAUUGAAUAAAUCUGACACUAAAUUUUUAGAAUACUUGGCUUGCCCUGAAGAUACUAAUCUCAUUAAAAAGUAUUUAACAUUUAGACAAAACAUUUCUACAGAACAGGAAUAUCCAAAUCAUUUUAACAGUUUCUUACAUAUUAUUACGAAGCAUGCGAAGAAUCAAAUUAUACUGGAGUACAUAUUAGAUCAUUUUAACGAAAUAAAACCAAAAUAUGUUAGUACACCUGCAGCAUUAAUUAUUAUUAUUAAUAACGUAUAUUUCCUAGAUCUAACUGAGCAAAUAUUCGAUAGCGUUAGAGAUAUUAUAGAAACUAACUUAGUUGAAGUGAAUAACACAGAUUUACUGAAAAGACAGAAAAGACAUCAAACAGAGGAGAUGAGUGACAUUGUGAUAAAUAAGCAUAAUUUACGUUACCAACUUAGACGCAAGAUAAACAUUCGGAACAAUCAAACCGAAAGACAGAGACAGAAUUUUGAAAUAUUCUGCCAAUGCGAUGAAUUUGUUUGUGAAACGGAAAAAAUGUCCAGUUUUGCGUAAAUGGAAUUACUUUAAUAAGCCUCUAUAUAAAUUCGCCCCUGAACAUAUGAAUAAUUUUUUAUAUUGAUUGUACUAUUUUUUUACUACUUUAAUUAUUGCUUAUUUAGAUGUAUUACUGUUCGCUGCUUCUGUAUUUACAAAACUUUAUGACUGCAUGCAUUAAGUUUUUCACUUUUUUGCGAUCUUGCUUGAAGUAGUUGAAAUAUAUAUUAUUACCUGUGUAGUCACAAGAAAGUAGCUAUAUAAUAUUAUAAUAAAUUUUAUUGUUGGAUAUAAUAUGAUAAUAUA